AUGACUUUAAUGGCUGAGAUUUGCAUUGAAGACUUUCUGCUCACAACACUCCUCCCUCUCCUCUCUGCAGGCUCAGCGUAUUAUGAUAACGUCCGUCCCUUGGCCUACCCAGACUCGGAUGCAGUGCUCAUUUGCUUUGACAUCAGCCGCCCAGAGACCCUGGACAGUGUGCUCAAGAAGUGGCAAGGGGAAACUCAGGAAUUCUGCCCCAAUGCGAAGAUUGUGCUGGUUGGCUGCAAGCUGGACAUGCGGACAGACCUCAACACGCUCCGGGAGCUUUCUAAGCAGCGCCUCAUCCCCGUCACACAUGAGCAGGGUAGUGCAUUGGCACGGCAGAUCGGGGCAGUGGCCUAUGCAGAAUGCUCCUCCAAGGUCUCGGAAAACAGCGUGCGGGAUGUGUUUCAUGUGACCACGCUUGCCUCGGUGAACAGGGUGCACAAGAACUUGAAGCGCAGCAACUCCAAACGGGGACUGAAGCGGGCAUCUCAGAUGCCUGGCAGGACGGACUUAUUGAAUGACACAGAGAUCAGGAAAGACCGAGCCAAGAGCUGCUCCAUCAUGUGAAAAACAGGCUGUAAAUAAUGUGUGUGUAUUGUCCAUUUUGUACAGUAACUGGCCCAGACAAGGGCAUGGUGCUGGCUGCAGGGCCAGCCUGCCUUUCCAAAGCCUUUCUCAGUCUUUAGGGCUGAGCAAAGGUCCUAGCUGCAAACCAGGGUGCAUGAGUCACCCCCCCACCAUGGAGACCUCUGGAUUGGCUGUUGCUGUGCUGAUUGCUUGGGGUAAAGGAACCACUUGGCAGAGGAGUAUUCAGGUGCUGGAAAGUCUGUGACUGGGUGAAACGAAGCAAAAGGGAGUGAUCCCGGGUGCGUGUCACUCUCCUGCACACAUGGCCCAGGCUCCAUGCGUAUGUGCAGCUACAAAGACACACGCAGCAUGGGGCAGUGGGCUGUGUGGGAUCUGGAAUGGAGGGUGGGGAGUGGGAGGAAUUGUUAGCAGCAGAGUGUGUUCAGGGGAAGGUGCUGUUGCAGUCACCCUUUAGAAGAGAGGAGACGUUUGCGUCGGUGCUGCCUUCUGCUAGGCUGGACGGCAGGUCACCACAGAAGGUGCAGGUCUGGGCCAAAGCUGGGAGGGAGGGCACCCUGAGGAGGAAUCUUAACCUGAUGAGACACCAUAGUAGUCUACCCCCGGCAAAGGAAAUCAGUCCAUUGCUCUUUUUGAGUUAUUUUAAAUACCCAAACUCCAUUUGAACAGCGGUGAAAUGCAGCAGGGUGGAUCUGGCUCCAGGGGAGAGGUUUAUCCCAGUAGAGGCAUCCUGAGAAUUGUGGUUCCCUCAGCAAGCAAAUGCUACUCGGGAGCUUGUGUCCCAGCUGCUGACAGCCUGGUUAGUCACCGAACUGCUCCUGCAAUGGGCAGCUGAUGUUCCGAGGCACAUCACUUCCGAAAAAGCAGACUGCAAUAACUAUCCAUAUCCUGUUCUCCACCCAUUUCCAGCUGCAGAUUGUGUUGCAUGGUGCUGUGUUUGUCUGGUUCAGAUAACCAAAAAGAUUAUAUGUGUAUCUGCACCCUGUCUCCUCUGUGGCACUGGGAGGGAUGGUGCUUCCUGCUCUUCUUGCCAUGCUGUACAGCCUGCUGCCAACACCUCUCAUUGCUUCUGCUGCUGCCCUCUCUAAUGCCUUUGACUACAGUGUUAGCCUUGACUUGAUGUCACAUAGACACUUUAAGGAAAAAAAAAAAUCUGCUCCAUUGCCAGAUCCAGCUGUGUCAGUGGGCUACAGGAAACAAAUAAACAUCACUGGAAAAUG